AUGAGGGAGGUCAACUUCAGCAUCCCCAAUGUGAACAAGGCCUCGGUCAACAUCACAACCACAUUGUACGACCGACGAGCCUUGGACUGCACAUCUACGCUACCCCUUAUCAAUUCACUCAACCACCUAGCCUACCUCACUACCUCGUCGGCCCGAAUCCGGGAUAUUCUCACCGUCGAUGGCGGCAUUGAGCGACUAGUAUGCAUACUGAAAGAGGGCCGCAGUAAGGAUCUCAUGGAGAUGUGGAAAUGGAGCCUGGCCUUCCAGUGCGUCGUCAAUAUUGGAGUGCGGGGAUCUGAGGCCGUGCGAACUCGCGUGGUCGAGGCCGACGUGGUUCCGGUCAUCGCCACCAUCCUCGAUAACUACAUUCGAGUUGUUGACAAAAUACGCGCCCGUGUCGAUGCAGAUCGGUCGUCGUCAUCACGAUCAACUGCCUCAUCCUCUUUUGUCCGAGACCAGGCAGGCCUGUCUUCUUCGUCUACGUCCAUCUUUGAACGCUCGGCUACCUCAGAGCAGCGAUCUUCUCGUCGACAGGCGCCUCCACCUUCCAUUCAGAUUCCCCAGCCUUUCAGCCAUGAUCAUGCGCAUCACCACCACCACCAUCACCGUCGCCAUCAUCACCACAAUCACAAUAAUGCUAAUCCUAAUGAUAACCAAGACGUGGAGUUCACCGCUUUCUCUCAGCCAGCGUUGACAUCUCCUCCCGAGCGAACCACUUUCGGUCGUGACAUCCAUAAUCCCAGAUCUCACGACCCCCGGUAUCAGUACAAUUCGCACGAUAUCCGGCCAAUGCAACCUUUAGCAACUGCUGUUCCCACCAUGGAUGCUGCCGACGGGGUCCACCAUCGGCCCGUUCAGCACACUCUCCGCCUUCCCAGUAUGCGUUUGACUAGCCCUCGAAUUGCUGGUCUUGCUUCCCAACCAGAUUCGCCUACCACGCCUAGCGGCCCCGUACAAACCCGAAGUGUAACUGUGCAAGUGGUGCGGCCAGCGCUGCGCCAUCUCCAAUCUGGUUCUGGCGACUCGGACGACGCCAAUGGAGAGGAUUCUCCUAUGGCUGAUGAGGGACCUGCCGGCGAUGUAUCUGAACCCAUAGUAGGCGUUCAAAACUCGAUGGAAAUUGACAAUGUGGAUGGCGGCGAAUCGAUGCUGGAAAACAAUGAAUCUCGCGGUCUAACCAUGGCUGAUCCAUCCCGGACUCAAGAUACUGAAACAUUCAAUAUCACCCAUCGGUCCGCUGUUGAUGGCAGUCUCGUCAAUACGACAAAUCCUCAAGCUCCCGGCACACUAGGUUUCUCGCCAACAAAUGGACCCGCGAAUCCCAAUUCUCCCGCUUUAGCUAACAGCCCCUAUUCAAGUUUCCUCCGUACCCAUAAUUCUCCACAAGGCGUUUUGACGGCAAUGCCCCGAGAUGAAGACGUCCUAAUGGCCUUGCAACUCCUUGCCUACGUUUCCAAAUACUGCAACCUACGAACCUACUUCCAACAUACCCAUCUAGUCCCCAAGCUCAAGAUCGGUCGCGAACUAGAUUUGUUGAACGAUCCGAAGAAGAGCACCUUCCUGCCGGGAGGGCGAACAGAUGAUAAUGAAGUUGCGCGAGGAAACGACGAAGGCGAAGCGGACAGCGAUGAGGAUGAAGAGCAGGAAGAGGAGUAUCUUCUUCCGGACAAUUUCAAUGUCUUCCCGCUAGUAGAGAAGUUUACAGUGCGGCAUCAUUCCAAGGAUAUGCAAUACUGGGCAUGUGUUGUCAUGAGAAACCUCUGUCGUAAGGACGAGUCUCGGGGAGGAAUCCGUCAAUGUGCCCAUUUCGAGUGCGGAAAAUGGGAAGAUUACCAGCGCCAGUUUGCAAAAUGCCGACGUUGCCGUCGAACCAAAUACUGCAGCAAGGAAUGCCAAAAGGCUGCAUGGAUUUGGCAUCGUCAUUGGUGCCACACCACGCCAUAA